GCGGCGGCGGCCCCGCGGAGGCUUUUCCUGCCCGCGGCCCCGGAGCGGAGAGGGCGGACCCACCAGGCAGCGCACCCCGUGCCCUCCGUGCCCCUGCAGCCGGAGAUGACGACGCUGACGCACCGGGGCCGGCGGGCCGAGGGCCGGGGCUCCGAGAAGAAGGGGGAGGGCGAGGAGGAGGCUGCGGACAGGGAGCUGAACGAGGACGAGCCCGAUGACUCCAAAGACAUCCGCCUGACCCUCAUGGAGGAGGUGCUGCUCCUGGGGCUGAAGGACAAGGAGGGCUACACCUCGUUCUGGAACGACUGCAUCUCCUCGGGGCUGCGGGGCGGGAUCCUCAUCGAGCUGGCUCUGCGCGGCCGCAUCCGCCUGGAGCCGCUGGCCCUGAGGAAGAAGAGGCUGCUGGAGAGGAAGGUGCUGCUGAAGUCGGAUGCCCCCACUGGGGAUGUGCUGCUGGAUGAGACCCUCAGGCACAUCAAGGCCACGGAGACAGCGGAGACGGUGCAGACCUGGAUAGAGCUGCUCACUGGAGAGACCUGGAACCCCUUCAAGCUGCAGUACCAGCUGCGCAACGUGCGGGAGCGCCUGGCCAAGGCUCUGGUGGAGAAAGGCAUCCUGACCACGGAGAAGCAGAACUUCCUCCUCUUCGACAUGACCACGCACCCCGUCUGCAACGCCUCCGAGAAGCAGCGCCUGCUCAAGAGGCUCCAGGAGAGCGUCCUGGAGCGUUGGGUCAACGAGCCCCAGCGCAUGGAGCGCAGGACCCUGGCCCUGCUGGUGCUGGCCCACGCCUCGGACGUGCUGGAGAACGUUUUCGCCAGCCUGGCCGACGACAAGUACGACGUGGCCAUGAACAGGACCAAGGACCUGCUGGAUAUGGACCCUGAGGUGGAGGCUGCCAAGGGCAGGGGCACGGAGAUGAUCUGGGCUGUGCUGGCGGCCUUCAAUAAGUCCUAAAACCUCUCCUUGGUGGGUCCCAUCGUGGGGUUCCACCCUGGGGUCUCCCCAGAGGGACCUGGACUUGAAAGGUGCCAAAGGCAGGAACACAGAGAUGAUUUGGGCCAUGCUGGUGGCCUUCAAUAAGUCCUAAACCCAUCCUCACGUGGUGUGGGGGAGAUCAUUGAUGGGUCCCACCAAGGGGAACCCUCUCCCCAGAGGAGCCUGGACCUGGAGCUUGGAGCUGGAGCUCCAAGCCAGGGGCAUGGAGAUGAUCUGGGCUGUGCUGGUGGCCUUCAAUAAGUCCUAAACACUCCUCACAUGGUGUGGAGGAGAUCCUUGAUGGGUCCCACCAAGGGGAACCCUCUCCCCAUGAGGACCUGGGGUUCCUGGGGCGCUGGAUGGGCUCAGCCUGGGGAGGGACCAGGGGAUUUUUGCUUUUCCCCUCCCCAGGUGGGGCUGGGAGGUGAGAACCCACCAGGACCAGCACCAGAGCCCCGUGGUGCCUCCAGGGAGAGGUGGCAGCAGCUCUUCACUCCUUGCCCUUGGGCAUUUCCUUCUGAGGCCAGUGCAGAGUUUGGGGUGGCAGAGUUUGGGGUGGCCCAGCAGCUGCUCCAAGAGGCCAAACCCUGGCACAGACGGGGCUCCUGGGUGCCUCUCCCACAGCCAGCUCCUGCCUGGCAGCUCUGGGGGUGCCCCUGAAGAGCUCACAGCCUCCUGGGGUGGUUUGGGGGUGUUGGGCGCCCAGAACCCCCCAGGCUGUGCCCCCAUGGCUCAGCUGCUCUUUCUAGUGAGAAGAACCAAGUGAAACUGUGAUUAUUUUUGUUCACAACCCCCUUCCUUCCUUCCUCCCCCACUUUAUUCUCCUGUAGUUCACUUAAAACUGAAAUAUUU